AAUUACCGAAAUAUUCCGAUGGAAACACAAGUCUCGUAUUGCGCGAGACUGCUUACAUCCCAACAUGGCGACAGAAACAAGCACGCCUGUGCAAAACAGUGACACUAAAGGCACUCUUGGGAUACCUCAGGCUGAAUUUGUGGAGGAUGUUGACAGUUACAUGAAGAGAGAGGGAAAUGACUCGGCAGAGGCAGUAUUAAAGAGAUUAGAUGAAUCACAUAGCAAGUACAAAUUCAUGGAAUACAACCUCAACACCAAAAAGGCCAGAUUAAAGGCACAAAUCCCUGAUAUCAAAACUUCAUUAGAUAUAGUGAAACAUUUACAGUCUAGGAAGGAUUCAACAGAUUCAAUGGAAACUAGGUUUUUAUUGUCAGACCAAGUUUAUGCAAAAGCAAGAAUUCCACCAACAGACAGAGUGAAUUUAUGGCUAGGGGCUAAUAUAAUGUUAGAAUAUGGCAUUGAAGAUGCUAAGGUAUUACUUGAGAAGAAUUUAGAGGCAGCCAAUAAAAGUUUAUCACAAGUUGAAGAAGAUCUGAGUUUUAUCCGUGACCAGACAACGACGUUAGAAGUCAAUAUGGCCCGAGUGUAUAAUUGGGACGUGAAAAGGAGGCAGACCAGUCAAACUGCUGUGAAGUCCUAGUAUCCAUAGAAAUCUGGACAUUACGCCACAGUACUUAGAGCAUCAGUCCCUACCACACGUAUACAGCAGUGACAGAUCAAUGCUGAAAGAACCAGUGAACAGCAUCUAUUCAUCUAGUGCAGAAUUUACACUCUUCUUAUUUGCUUUCCAUUUCAAAGGACUUAUAUAAAGAACAAAAUUGCAGACAGCCCUAUUUGAUUCUAAGAUUGCAUAGUGGAUCAUCUUGAAAUACAGUUUUGAACCUUUUAUUUAAUAAAUAAAUCCAUUAAAUCAAUAAUAAAUAUUUCAAGCUUUAUUUGUUUUA